AUGCUGAGGUACUAUACGGGAUUUGCUAUUGGAGUGCUUAGGGCCGGCAUCGCCUGGUUCUACGGAGUGGAUCGGUUCAGUGAUGACAUUGAGGAGAUGAUCGGACAGAGACCAGGCCUGUACUGGAGACUGUGCUGGAAGUUUGUCAGCCCAUGCUUCCUCCUGUUCAUGGUGGUGGUGAGCUUCGCGACCUUUAACCCUCCUAACUACGGGACGUACACGUUUCCCAUAUGGGCCAACAUGAUUGGCUGGUGCCUGGCUAUAUCCUCAAUGACCAUGGUGCCUCUUUAUGCCAUCUACAAGAUGUGCACCUUACCUGGGAAGUUCUGUGAUAGACUGGCCUACGCCAUAACGCCUGAGCACGAACACCACUUGGUGGAUAACGGAGAAGUUAGGAGGUUUACGCUCCAACACUGGAUGGUGAUCUGAGCCCAGGAAGAAGACAGAGGUCCGUUCACAUGGAGGAUGGAGGGAUAGAGAGAGGGAGGGA